AUGUCAGACAAGUUAUUCAGACUUCAGUGCGGAUACCAAAAUUACGAUUGGGGAAAGAUUGGAUCUUCUUCAGCAGUUGCUCAAUUUGCCAAGAACUCUGAUCCUUCGAUUGAGAUAGAUGAGAGCAAGCCGUAUGCCGAGUUAUGGAUGGGUACUCAUCCAAGUGUUCCUUCACAGGCUAUUGGAUUCAACAAGACCUUGCGUGAAUUAAUCACCGAAGAGCCCAAAAAUUUAUUGGGUGAUGCCGUGAUUCAAAAGUUUGGCUCUUCAAAAGAGUUACCAUUUUUGUUCAAGGUCUUGAGUAUUGAAAAAGUGUUAUCUAUUCAAGCUCAUCCAGAUAAGAAGCUUGGUGCUCAAUUGCAUGCUCAAGACCCCAAAAACUACCCCGAUGACAAUCACAAACCGGAAAUGGCUAUUGCGGUUACUGACUUUGAAGGCUUUUGUGGAUUCAAACCAGUUGAGCAGAUUUUGGAAACUUUACAAACGGUCUCUCAGUUGAGAAACAUAAUUGGUGAAGAGAUUAGCGAGGAGUUUGCAAAGGGAAUCAAGUGCAACGCUACAACAGGCACAGAAGAGGACAAGACCAAUAGAGAAUUGAUACAGAAGGUAUUUAGCAAAUUGAUGAAUACUGAUGACAGUACAAUCAACGAAGCUGCGCAGAGUCUAGUCAAGGCAAGUCAAGAGCAACCAGAGAUUUUUGCCAAGCUCGAUGCCAGAUUACCAGAACUUAUCCAACGAAUGAACAAACAAUUUCCCAACGAUAUCGGAUUAUUCUGCGGAUGUCUCUUGUUGAACCACGUCAAUUUGAAUAAAGGUGAAGCCAUGUUCCUUCAAGCCAAAGAUCCUCACGCAUACAUCUGUGGUGACAUUAUCGAAUGUAUGGCUGCCUCAGAUAACGUUGUGCGUGCAGGAUUCACUCCGAAAUUCAAAGACGUUAAAAACUUGGUUGAGAUGUUGACGUAUGCAAGUGAACCAGUUGAAAAACAAAAGAUGACUCCUAAACCUUUUGCCAAGUCCCAUGGUGAUGCAAAGACAUCAAGCUUGUACGAUCCACCAAUUGAAGAAUUCUCUGUCUUGCAAACCGUAUUCGACAAAACUGGUGGUAAACAGACUUUUGAUGCCUUUGAUGGUCCUUCCAUAAUCAUCGCUACCAAUGGUUCAGGUACUAUUCAAAUAACCGGCGAUGACUCGACAAAACAAAGCGUUGAAACCGGAUACGUUUACUUUGUGGCUCCCAACACAGCAGUUGAGUUGACUGCAUCCGAUCUGCAAAAAGAUGGGCUCACCACUUACAGGGCAUUUGUCGAAGUUUAA